AUGAAUCCUUUUGAUCCGGCCCAUCCGUUCACCGAUGAUAACGAUGAAGAUGAUAUCUUCGUGAAUAUGAUGUACCAGUAUUAUACGGGCAUGCUACUACAGCCAGAUCCAGCUCCACUACUCACGCAAUGUGCAACGUUAAACAUAGAUCGCGAGGAAGAGCAUAGACGUCUAGUUAACGAUUAUUUUGCGGAUAAUUGUGUCUACCAGUCAAGCGAUUUCAAAAAAGGUAUGAAUUUUUUCCAAAUGAGAUAUGAUGCUAGAGGUAAACGAGGAUUUACAGGGUUGCAGAAAUGUGUUGCUGCAAUUAAGCUUAUGGCUAUGGGGGAGUCGCCUAAUUUUGUUGACGAUUAUAUGAGAAUGUCUGAGAGAACCGCACAAGAAGGUUUGUAUAGAUUGGCAAGAGGUGUUGUUGAAACCUUCGGUAACAAAUAUUUGCGCAAACCUUCGUUGCAUGAUAUGCAACAGCUAUAUGCAGUGCAUGAAGAAAUACAUGGUUUUUCGGGUUCCAACAACGAUGUCAACGUUCUCGAUCAUUUCCCAAACUUCGAGGAUCUUUUGUUAGGAAAGACACCAGAUGCUCCUUUCACAGUGAAUGCAAAUGAAUAUAAGUUUGGGUAUUACCUUACAGAUGGAAUAUAUCCACCAUAUUCCACAUUUAUGAAGGCAUUUUGA